AUGUCGAUUAGGCCGGUGAAUCUUGAUGAAUUCCCGGAAACGUCUUUUGAGGAUAUGGAAUCAACGUUUGGCAAGAUAAAUACAAAUCAAGAUCAAGAACCAGCUCCAGUAUCACCACUAGGUAGAAACCAUGGUGUACUGCCGACACCAUCAUCUGCGAGUUCCAACGGUACAACUUUUUCGAUUUCCAAGGGUAAGAGACUUUCUGUGGGGAGUAGUAGUAGAACUGAUGAGGAAGGAGAAGAGGAUGAAGAUGAUUUUUUGAAUGAUUUUCAAGAGUUUCAAGGGAAGAAAGAUGACAUUGAUGAUGCAUUUAAGACUUACUUCAAUUUGAACGAUAAUGAUAAUAAUACUAAUAAUAAUAAUAAUGAUAAUAAUAAUAAAGACAAUAGUGGACCUCGCAAACGAAAAAGUAUUGAUUUUAUCAAAGACUUUGAUGAAAAGCUGAAUCUCAGAUCUUCAAGAGGGUCUAGUCGACUAAGGCAACGACAGUCAAUGAUGGAAUUGAAGCCUCACCUAAAACCAAGCUCGUCAUUCUCAAGAAUUCCUAAUAGUUUAUCAGCAGGAGAUCUUAGAAUUCGUCCCAAUGCAAGUGUAAGGUUUAAGAAAUCAAUGCCAGCGCUUUCCAAUUUUAACGGUAUGAUACGAGAGGAAGACGAACUAGAAGACGAUUUACCAACACUAAAACGUCCUCAACGGUUUUUGGAUAAUUUUGAGGAGGCAAGGGAAGAGGAAGAACAAGAUGACAAAGAUUUUGUAUUCGACGAGAGUUUAAUACAGCCUCAAUUUUUGAAUAGAGCUCCAGAAUCCCCAUUAAGACUUUCCCCAUCACAAUAUGACAUUAUUAGAGAUGAUACCCUUUUAACUCCAAGGCUGCACCGGAGACACAGGGAUUGGAAUAGUAAAGAUCAACUAGAUUCAUUUAAAGAACGUAGGAAAAGCGAGCAGCAACAACAGCAUCAACAAAAACAGCGAAGGAAAGGAUAUCAUCACCAUAACAGACCCCAGACUGCUUCUAGAAUUCAGAUAAUCAAGCAAGAGAUUGACCAGAAUACCCCAAUUAAAAAUGGAAGUAUGUACUAUAAUCCCAAGACCAUGAAAUGGGAGGGCAAUGAACAUAUCUUGGAUAAGUUUAACAAAUUAGAAUCUCAAGAUGAAAAACCUCUACUCAUAAGGGCAAGGACUAGCGCACAAGAACCAUUAAAUUCAGCGACAGAUGGCUCCCAUAUAGAGAAAAUAUCCAAGAGAAACUCCAAUAGAGGCAAGAGCAAACAAUCACACCAAAGAAUCGUGGGGAAGAUGAUGUUCGAUGAAGAAAACUUGAAAUGGGUCAAUAUAGAUGAAGACGAAGAAGAUGCAGAUCCAUUUGCAAAUGUGGAAGACGUAGCACCGCUGCCGACAGCUCCUGGUUUCGAUGGUGCUCAUGACGAAAAUACUCUGAAGGCACCAUCUUCUGGUGCCAAUAACAAUGGCAACAAGCAUAUCUCACCAUUUCUACGCUCUCAUAGCCAGAUACUACCCUCUGGUGCAAAUUCACUAGAUAGGCUUAACUCAUCGGCCACUACAAGAUACCAUUCAGUUGGAUUUACAAGAUCGGACAAUACAAAUCCACAAUUCCAGCUAAAUUCGAGACAAUUGGAAAAGUUCUGGCACGAAGAGAACAAGUGGAACCGUAAAGUUGGUGCAUGGUUCAUAAUGGGUGACAGUAGUGAUGCCCAACCAGGCGAUCUUGCAGAUUUCAACGAGGUGAAAAACCCAAGAAGUUUUAUGUACGAGAUAAGAAACAUGGUCUUAAACUCUACGAGGUAG